GGCGCCGGCGGAGGCGAGGCCGAGGCGCGGGAGCGCCGUGCCGCGCGGGCCCCUCCCGUUCGCCAGCCGCCGCCCGGGCGGGCCUUCGCAGCGUGCUCCAUGCAUCCGGAGCCCGCCCCGCCCCCGCCCAGCAGCAGCACCCCUGAGCUUCCCCUCGCCAGCGGCGGCCGCGGCAGCUCCCCCCCGACCAGCGGCAGCCGCCGGAGCCGCCGCCGCAGCGGGGACGCCGCCGAGCCGCCCGGGGCCGCGCCGCCGCCGCCUCCGCCGCCGCUGCCCGGGGCUGCCGUCUCGUACCCGGACUGGGUGGGCCAGAGCUACCAGGAGGUGAUGAGCCUCAACGAGCACUCCAUGCAGGCGCUGUCCUGGCGCAAACUCUACCUGAGCCGGGCCAAGCUCAAAGCCUCCAGCCGGACAUCGGCGCUGCUCUCGGGCUUCGCCAUGGUGGCCAUGGUGGAGGUGCAGCUGGACGCCAACCACGACUACCCGCCGGGGCUGCUCAUCGCCUUCAGCGCCUGCACCACAGUGCUGGUGGCCGUGCACCUGUUUGCGCUGAUGAUCAGCACCUGCAUCCUGCCCAACAUCGAGGCGGUCAGCAACGUGCACAACCUCAACUCGGUGAAGGAGUCCCCGCACGAGCGCAUGCACCGGCACAUCGAGCUGGCCUGGGCCUUCUCCACGGUCAUCGGCACGCUGCUCUUCCUGGCCGAGGUGGUCCUGCUCUGCUGGGUCAAGUUCCUGCCCCUCAAGAAGCAGCCGGAGCAGCCUCCGCCCAGCAGGGCGCCCCCGGCGGCCGCGCCCGCCUCCUCCAACGGCAGCUUCACGCCCGGCGAGGAGGCCGCCAUCGCCUCCACCACCAUCAUGGUGCCCUUCGGCCUGGUCUUCAUCGUCUUCGCGGUGCACUUCUACCGCUCGCUGGUCAGCCACAAGACCGACCGGCAGUUCCAGGAGCUCAACGAGCUGGCCGAGUUCGCGCGGCUGCAGGACCAGCUGGACCACAGAGGAGAGCACCCUCUGACCCCCGGCAGCCACUUCGCCUAGCGUCCCCGCGGGGACCGGGGGCGGGGAGGGAGGGCGCCGAGCGGAGCCGUCCCGCCCUCGCGGCCUGAGGCGGCUCCUCUGCGGGCCUGGGAGGACUUUCCGGGAGGACGAUUCUCUGGAGGACGGGCCUGGGACUCCUCUGAGCCUUUCUCGGCCCUGCCUCCCUCCCUUCUUCUGGAGGACUCCCGGAGGGCCGGAGCGGGGUCGCCUCUGCCCCUCCCCCCGGCCACCGCCCACGGUGCCCCCGGACCCCUCGCCCAGACCCUCCGGCCGCGCCGUGGGAGCGCGUGUGUCUGUGUGCGCGUGUGUGUCCACACAAAAUACACCCUACGGGACUCGGCUCUGUGUGUCCGUGUUUGUGGGCGGGGGCCCGCGCUCCCGGGGUCUCACUUCCGUUCUCUCAUACUCCCCCUGCCCCUUAGGAGGCGUCUCCCCCCACCCCCCACUUUUCCCAGGCACAGGGCGGUCUCUCGGAGGCGGGAUGGUGGGACCAGAUCUUCGGCCGCGGGGGAAACUUGAGGAAGGGUCUGAAAGCCCAGUACCGAGGCCGCGGAGCCGAGUGGGGGAGCCCGGCCUCUAGGCCCGGCUCGGCUAACUCGGGAGUGCUCCCGGGCUGCCCUUCUUGGCCUCCGUGUCCCCCUCUGUCCCACGAGGGGCUCGGCCCUUCCCAGCUAAUCUCCGGCCUCCUCCUCCGUCCCCUGGCCGAGCCUGCCAGAGCCCGGGCGGUUUUAUACCUUUUUCUAUGAAAUACACUUAUUUUACAGAGAGCUUAUUUUGAAAUAAACCCCAGUCUACAAAGUCAAA